AUGCCUGCCGACCGGCUUCUCAAUACGCUCCUGCAGCACUACCAGGACGUGCACGACGAACCCAAGUCGGAACAAAUUCUCGGCACCACCGUCCACCUGCUCACUCAUCUCUCCAACCCGCUUAAUCUCGGCGUCCUCACCUCUCAGCUACUCACAGCGCCCGCCAUCUGGCAGCGGCCCGGCUUCGACUUAUCACACGCAUUGCGCGUUGUCAGCAUCUACAACACCGCUGCCCUCCGCGUCAGCCGGGACGCCGCUGAAGCCCUCGAGAGGAAGAACAAGUCCGACGGUUUCGUGCGCCCCCCGGCGGGACAGGAUCGCGAGAGCGGCGGUCUGAAGCCCGAUGACUGGGCGCGCGCCGUUGUAAAGGGCGCCGAUGACCGCUCCGAGCGCUGGCAGCAUUUGCUCGUGCUGACGGGCGUGCUUAUAGGCUUUGAGGGCAACGACCGCCGCACGCUGUCUCGCGGCCUGCGCAGCACCCUGCAGCAGGCCGUCGUCGUAGCGGCCAACUUGGCGCUACAGUCGCACGCCGACGACGGCCCGAUCGCCGAGGCUGCCAUCGUCAUGGCCCUCAACUACGCCUUCCCACUGUUGUCGGAGUACCAUCAGGCACAGCUCGACUGCGACGUGCUGUUGCCCGUCCUGCUCUGGGCCAUGCUGCGCGAGGGCUGCAACGACGGCCUCUUUCUGCAGGAGAUUGCGCGCGACGUGACCCAGGCCGUCGGCGGCGCCGGCGCGUGUAGCUGGCCGCAGCACGCGCCCUCCUUUGCCGUACUCGUCGAGAUGGACCGGCGACCCGUCAUGAGCAACAUGGGACCCCUGGCAAAAAUGGCGGCCUUUGCAGCGACACACACUACGGACACCAACAUUGUGCUGCAGGCCCAGGAUGACCUGGUUCUGUUCUCUCACAAGCUGCUCGACGCCUGGGCCAAGAACCGCCUCAGUAGCGUUGAGUUCGGCCUAGCGAGCGCCGCGCUCACCCCUGAGACACUACAGGCAACCUGGCCGGUCCUCUGGCAGGUCCUACGGAAAGUCAUGUUUGGCAUCGUGGCCACGUUGCAAGCCAUUGUAUCGCGGAGCCUUCUCGACCGGCAAAUGCUGCACGAAGCAGUCGCCCCGGUCAUCGUGGCCAAGUCGCUGCAAAUACUGCGCAACAUUUCCUUUAUAUCCUCGGUCAACGGCAACGACUCGUUUCAAGUGUACACAUUCACAUAUCUCACGUCGCUUGACGUCAUCUGCAGGAGCGGUGCGGCCUGCGAAAACUUCUUGGCCGACUUUCGACCCGCAGAAGGCCUUUCAGUGCCGUCGGCGCACCUGCAAAGGACGCUGGACCUCUACUACCUCAAUGUCGCAGAGCAUAUGCCUCUUUCUCUUACGACAGAAGCGGCUGAUGCUCUUAUCAUUAAGCCAGCAACAUUGUACCUGGGCUUUGACGGCGCGGCGUCUCCGACCAUGCUCCAAAUAUUCGAGUCCGCCCACAGCGCCGUCCUGUCAGUACUCUCGUGUCCCCAACACAGUGCGCUCACAAUCCAGCUCGCGCCAUUUUACAUUGUGAAGCUUUUCGAGUCGUUCCCGGUCCGGAUCUCGCCGCGGCAGUUCCGCGUGGCCUUCAAGACAGUCAUGCAGAUGGUGUCGCCGCCCUUUGCGAUCGCGGCGCAGGAGCCCCUGCUCGGCGAGACGUUGCUCGAGAUGCUGCUCGGCGCCAUCACCACUGCAUCCACCUUGCCAUUGGCCCCUGACGAGACGGCGCAGGCGGCCUCAGCCGAGAGUGGCGAGACCUUGCAGUCGGCACAGAGCGCGCUCGUGCUGGCCCUCAUCGACGCCCUGCCGUUUCUGCCGCUGCCGCUUGUGGAGGAGUGGAUGACGGUCGCUGCGCAGACGCUCAACGAGAUUGUGGACCCCAGGGUGCGCAGGCCCGUUAUGGAGCGUUUCUGGGACAUUCUCAUCAACGGCGAGAUGGACGUGGAGCGGUCCGCGAUUGGCGUUGCAUGGUGGGGAACCAAGGGUGGACGGGAGUUGGUGCUCUCUGGAGAAGCCAGGCCCGCGGAGCUGCCUAUGAUGAGCGGUGCGCUCAUGCCAGCGGAGAGCAAGCUUUAA